GGGGGAGGGGGCGUCCCGCGCAUGCGCGGCGGCGGGGCUGCGCGGCGGCGGGCGGGCCUCCCGUCGGCCCUGUGCCUGCCGGCGCCGGGGCGUCGGCGGUGGAGCGCGCUCGCCCGCCGCGCUGGGGCCACGCGCGCGGCCAUGCUGAGCGGGGCGGGCGCCGAGCAGGGCGUUGCGGCUCCCGCCUCCUCGCAGGCCCGGCCCGCGGCGCCGAGGGACGGCGAGAGACGCGAGGGGUAGAGAGGGAAUAUAUGAAGGAAGAAGUGGAGGAGUGUGCUGAAGAUGAGGCGACUGAAUCGGAAGAAGACCCUGAAUUUGAUGAAAGAAUUGGAUGCCUUUCCAAAGGUUCCUGAAAGCUAUGUAGAGACUUCAGCAAGCGGAGGCACAGUUUCUCUAAUAGCAUUUACAACUAUAGCUUUCCUGACUAUAAUGGAGUUUAUGGUGUAUCGGGACACAUGGAUGAAAUAUGAAUAUGAAGUAGACAAGGAUUUUACUAGUAAAUUAAGAAUCAAUAUUGAUAUUACAGUUGCCAUGAGGUGUCAAUAUGUGGGGGCUGAUGUUCUGGAUUUAGCAGAAACAAUGGUUGCUUCUGCAGAUGGGCUAAUCUAUGAACCAGUAGUGUUUGAUCUCAGCCCCCAACAAAAAGAGUGGCAAAGGAUGUUGCAGUUAAUUCAGAAUAGGCUGCAGGAAGAACACUCUCUUCAAGAUGUGAUAUUCAAAAGUGCUUUUAAAAGUGCUUCAACAGCACUGCCACCACGGGAAGACAAUUCAUUACAGUCUCCAGAUGCAUGCAGAAUUCAUGGUCAUCUCUAUGUCAAUAAAGUGGCAGGGAACUUUCACAUAACUGUGGGCAAGGCAAUACCACACCCUCGAGGCCAUGCACACUUGGCAGCUCUUGUGAGCCAUGAGUCCUAUAACUUCUCUCACAGAAUAGAUCAUUUGUCAUUUGGAGAGCUUAUUCCAGGAAUUAUUAAUCCUUUGGAUGGAACAGAAAAAAUUGCGUCAGAUCACAACCAGAUGUUCCAGUAUUUUAUCACAGUUGUGCCAACCAAACUCCAUACGUAUAAAAUUUCAGCAGAAACUCAUCAGUUUUCAGUGACAGAAAGGGAAAGAGUAAUUAACCAUGCAGCUGGCAGCCAUGGGGUGUCAGGAAUAUUCAUGAAAUACGACAUCAGUUCACUUAUGGUGACAGUGACAGAAGAACACAUGCCUUUUUGGCAGUUUUUAGUGAGGCUUUGUGGCAUUAUUGGGGGGAUUUUUUCAACUACAGGAAUUUUACAUGGCUUUGGAAGAUUUGUAGCAGAAGUUAUUUUUUGCCGUUUCAGACUGGGCUCUUACAGAUCUACAUCAGUCCUGCUGCCUGAUGGCCACACAAGCAACCACUUACCUCUAUUAACAGACAAUAGUACACAUUAGCACCUCCCGAGGAAAAUUUUCGUUCUUUCUGCUGAUGCAGAAGACUUUUUUAUAAUAAAGAAAACAUCGUGCAAUAUGUUGAGACAGUGCUGAUGGGCAGCAAAAAAUCAAGCCUCUACAAAAAACAAAACAAAACAAUUUGUGUAACUUUUUGUCUUUUUAAGUGCACAUGGAGUUCAUAGGAGGUUGUCAGACUGGUGAGGUGGACCAUCUUCUGGAGAUUAAAGGAGCAUUCCUGCCAAUACAGUAUUCAUGUUCAAGUUGAAUAUCUUUGUGAUGACUGCCAUCAACCACUGAAACAUCUGCUUAGUGAUCUUGUUUCUGUGCCUGGGAAGGCUAGCAGACUCCAGUGAGAACAAGAGUGUCUAUAAGUGGGAUGCACGGAAGGGCCAGGCAGCAGGCAAAGAGUGACGGUAAUUAAUAAAGCUGGUGUUUUCUGUUAGAUGUACGGACUGAGGCCUGGGGUUGGGUUCUCUUGUUCUUUGUAAUGGUGGGGGGUAGGCACUAAGAUAUUCUGACAUGUGGGGAGAGAUUCUAGAAAAUCCUGAAAAAGAGAGGAGGGAGAACUCAGGGAGAAAGAUGGAGCCCAAGCCAUAUGUUGGUUGCAGCCACUGCCUCUUGAGUCCCACCAUAGCCUAGUGGAGGAAACAGUGCAGAGCAGGGGAGUUCCUCUGUGUUUUUGCACGGCUGCGUAGCCAACAGAAUAUUACUUCUGGUGUUUAUUACGGAAGUGCCCAAAGCCUCUUUGAGAAUGGACCACAGUGUGCCAGACGCUAUGCUUUUGAGUUGAAAUAAGAAGUCUUUUGAAGAAGGCAUUUGACCAUAGUUUUGACAUAGGGCAAGACUCCCUAGCAGAAGAUGAGGACAUUUCUUUCUGUGCCUCUUCCUUUAGUACAGAAGGUGCUUUGAGACAACCUUUUUUGUACUCCUGCUGCUAAUAUGUAAGCCACGGUAUGCAAAUCCUGGAGAUAGGAAGGAAAAAGAUCAAGAAACUGCCUUGCUUUGGUUCAGCUAAAUCCUGUAAAAACAAAGAAUUCAAGCCAGCGGGGAGGUCUGCUAGCCCAGGCAGGGAAUGCUGGAGUUGGUCUCCAGGCAGUAGGUGACAUCAGGGAAUCUGAGUCAUUUUGCUGCAGACAGAUGAUGAGGGAUCUGUAAAGUUAAUCAUUAUUGUUCAUGAAGGUUUUUGUAAAAAUAAAUGAAAAGAGCAAUACCAGUUUUAUAUUGUAAAUAUGCUACUGAGAAUGAAUGCUGUUAAUACAGAAGGUGCUUUGAGAGACUGAAGAACGUCCUUUUAUUGCUGAACUAUGGGCACACAUCAGUGGUUAAACAGUUACUCCACCAGGGUCAAACCCCCCCCCCCCCCCCCAAAAAAAAAAAAAAAAACCUAGUAUGAUUCCUUCUCAACAAAACUGAUCUAAUAAUAUAUAUAUUAGGAGAUUAUGCUGACUCUGGCCUUAUUCACCAUGGAAUGAAUAUUACAAUUGAGAGGACUAACUAUGGAAAAAUAAAAGUUUCUGUGGUAUUGUCAGAUUUUGCUGAGUUGUUAAUAUACUUUGUAAGGCACUUGGAUCUUGGUGAUGAGCACAGUGUAAGUAAUUUAGCUGAUUUGCUGUGAAAAGCAAAGGGCUUCCUGAACUGAGAAAUUACAUGAAAUACUAUUAAAUAAAGUGUGGGAAAUGUGGAAUGACCUUUUUUCAGUUCGGCUAUUGAGAAAGAUUAAAGUUCAAGGAAGCCAGGUCCUUGAAGUUGGCAGUCAGGUUUGGUGUCUUUCUGUUCUAGGAGUCUGGAUUUUUCUCCCAGUUUUUGCCUUUUUUUUAACACUGAUUAAACUCCAGCGACUUGGGAAACAGAUUUUUUUUUCUUCACUGAGCAAGAAAAUCAGAAGCUGUAGAUCUUUGGUUCUCACUUCUCUUUGCUAUUUCCAGCUGAAGUUUCUUUCCUACUUAUGCCUAGACUGGAUUUGCUUUAGGCUUUGCCCUAAUGCUUGUUUCUUAUCUACCUGGAACAGAUUGUACUGGUGGGAGAUUUUGAUCUCAGUUGACUUUCUGUACCAGAACUUAAAUGUUAUUUUCUAACUCACAUAAAAGAGUCAAGUGGC